AUGGCCGGGAAUCGAACCCGGAUCAACUGCUUGGAAGGCAACUAUGCUGACCAUUACACCACCAUCGCAGCUGAGAGACGCGUCGAAAUACUGGUUCUUUUAGAAGAAAAAAUCGCAACAUCUGCUAUAUCAAGAAAAAUUAAGAGCUACCCUACAAGACAAAAAGUAAAAAAAUCCUUAGAUAUCGGGUUUCUAGACGGCAAAAAGUACGAAAAAGAAGUGAACCUCAAGGACAACAUAUUUAGACAGCCUGGAGAUGACCAGUCCCAAUUGGCGGCGCCCGUUCACGAACAUGACACGUACACCAGCACCGCCCAACUCAACCAUAUUAUAGGGAAUUGGGCGAUCCAGUGCCCGUGCCACCGCCAAUGA